UUUACAAUACUAAAUAAAAACAUUAAUGUGUCUCCAAACAGUAAUGAUGAAAAUGAAAAGCUAACAACACCUAAGCAACAAAAAGCCACCGCAACAUUCUGUGAUUCUGGUGAAACGAAUAAACGCUCAAGGCCCACAACUCCAAUAACAUGCUCACUCUUCUUUACCGACAACACCAAUAACCAACAACAAAAACCAGAAGAUAAACCUUCUUCUGCAUCCCCAACACCAUCUUCCUCCUCUUCAACUUCUUCCUUCUCAUCGCCUGGUACAUCAAAACAAGUUCCAAAUAAUGAUGCUGCCUUCUUUUCCACGUCAUCAUCUCCUCCUGCGCCUCUCACUCCACCAGCUACGUCAACAGAGAAACCAGUAUCGACAUUUUAUCAAUCCUUGUUGGAGUCAUCCUAUAUUGCUGAUGGUAUGUCCAAUGGUUUUGCACAGCUUUCUGAAAGUGAAAUGCUUCAGCAGGCAAUUCAGCUCUCUACACAAGAAUAUUUAGAAGAUCAGAAGAGAAAAGGAGGUUUUCUAUUUUAAGUUUUUUUUUUUAGAUCUUAGUUUAACUAAAAAUAUAAAAAAAAAGAAAAGAAAACUAUAAAUAUUUUUUGAAACAUUCUAUUUUCUACAAAACACACAAAAUCUUUAACCAACACACAAAAAAAAUCCAGACACAUUGAAAUAAUAUGAACCCUUCUCACUAUGUAUAUCUCUGUAGAAUAUAAAAAAUUAAUAAACUACAAAUUUGCAAUGUAAAUUGAGCUUACAAAUUGAAUUAAAGAAAAAAAAAUAA